AUGAACCCGAAUCAAUACUACCCGGACAACUCGUACUUCGUGUCCGACGACAAUCUCAACUUCCACUCCGGUUCGUAUGCCAACUACGAUCAGAGCUUUGACACCUAUUCGCAACCGGCCCAGUUGAACCAGCCAGCGGCCUCGUCAUGGCAGCCUGCCCCUACCACGAACUUCACUGGCGAAGAAGACGAACCUCCUCUGCUCGAAGAGCUCGGCAUUGACCUCAACAAAAUCAUCAUUCGCCUGAUGCACUCUCUGGACCCGACCGGCAAGUGUGGUGUCGUGCUGGGCGAUUACGACGUGAUCGGACCAAUCGCGUUGUACCUGACCUACACGUCGCUGCUACUGUUAGCCGGUGGCAAGCUAAUGUUCAGCUACAUAUACGGCUUGGCAGUGUUAACGUCGGUGUGCAUGUAUGGCUUACUCUGGGCCAUGACCGAUUCGUCAGAAGUCACGUUGACGUCCACGUUUUCCGUACUGGGCUACUCUUUUACGCCUGUUGUACUGGUGGCGUUGCUUGCUGUGUUCGUUAACCUAAAGAACAUAUUCGGUGCCAUCAUCGUAUUGGCGGCCGUUGUCUGGAGCAGUAUGAAUGCAGCCAGGGUGUUUGUUGCCAUGUUCGGCAACUCUGAUCAGAAGUAUUUAAUGGCUUAUCCGUGUGCAAUAAUCUGUGGUUUAUACACACUGUUUAUUUUGUAUUGA